AUGACACCGAAUGCGAGCUACAUUGAGAUGUACCCGCUGGACGUCCGCUCGUCGGGCGAAGAAGAGCCCAUCUACCGCCCAACCCACGUAGAGAACACUUCUCGUCCCGGUGUGCUCAAGAGAACUCUGACUUCGGUUGCGAACUUCUUCUGCAGCUGGCGCUUCGUCGAACUCGUGGUGAGUAAAUCAAAUCUCACCGGACGUUCAACCACGUGUUGUUUCAGAUUGCAGCGGUGUUCCUUACGGCGGGUGUCUAUGUGUUCGGGACCUUCAUUUACAAAUCACUCACCAAGAUGAAAUGA